CCCGCACCGCUCGACUCCCACUGCGCCCAUAAUUAUAAGCCACUCUGCCGCUAAUGUCUGAAGAAUAUUUUGCUUAUUGUAAUCCCCACAAUUGAGGAGGCAAGCUUAGUUUUCUUGGCUGGGAAUUACUCGCGACAGGGUCUCCAACUUGAGACUACACCAUCAUGACUGCCCUCCCUCCCGCCAAAGCUACGCAAACCAGCAGUUCGAAGCCCGAUGUCAUUAGCGCCUAUAAUGUUUGCCUUGCAUUUGAACACGACGCCAAAACGGAGAAAGAUGUCAUGUGUGCAAGACUCCUCGGCUACUUAAUCCUCCACGCUCCUUCUCUCGACGCGCUCUGUGAAGUCGUCAAAGUAAUCCACUCGUGCAGUGACAACUAUAAUACCUUCUCCGACCUUGGAGAAUCCUUUGUCAAUUACUUCAUCCGCCCGUUCAAGAAAUACAAAGGGCGCACGCCAGACUAUUCGGAUCAUUCCAGUCAUCGUUCGCUCAUUAAAGACAAGAUGAAUCUCCUGACCGCAAUUCAAGAGGCACCGAAGGACCACAAGGAAGCGAAGAUUCAAAGAUGGUUUUAAGUGUGUGGUGACUGGAAUAUACGAUACAGAAGCAGUGGGAAUUCGAGGUAUCGAUCAAGAAGACAUACUCCGAGUAACUACGGUUAACACAGAAUGCGCCCACAUUGUACCGGAGUCCACUUUUUUC